AAUAUCCCUUUAUAAAACAGCCGUACCGUCCUUUCCAAACAGUGGAGCGUUUAUAGACCUAUGCCUGGCAGAUAACCGCAUCAAAUUUCAUAACACACCCAGCCACCAAUCAUUAAACUCCUUCGAAUACGAUAGCGACCACAGAGCCGUGAAAAUACAAAUCUCCAUACCAUCAAUAAGAACUCUAGAAAUAGAGGAACUGAUAACACCAGAUAGAUACAAUUUCAACAGGGCAGACUGGCCAAUGUUCAGAAAUUUCCUCACAAAGACAGAAAAUCCAACCAUCCCAAACAAUAGGAACUUAACGAUAGAUGAAAUCGACUGCUUCAUCGACAAACUAAACUCCAACAUAAACAACGCAAUAGACUCCUCAAUUCCACGAACCUCGAAAAGUCACAACUCUACAGACAAGUACAUCACACCGCAAAUUAAACAAUUACGCAGAGAAAAGAGCAGAUUUAUUACGCAAAUAAACAGACUAACGAAACUGGAAAACUACACAUCCGCAAACGACACGUUAAUAUCACUAUACAAGGAUGCUCUCAAAACUGUCAGGCAUGAGAUCAAAAAAGCGUUUCAUGAUUCAGCUAAUAACCUUUGGAAAAGCAAAAUCAGCAGCAUAACCCCGCACCACUCCUCAAAGUUCUUCCCCGUGAUAAAUAGCAUAUUCCGUCCUAAGCAACAGAACAAUAUCGAAGUUUUAAAAAUUCCACCGCAGAACGCACACUUACUUAUGGAAGCGAACAUACCCCCCGACUCAAUACAGACAGAUUCAUCUAACAACUCGCUCAUUACAGACACCGAACAAAAAUUACUCAUCCUGGGUUCCCAUUUCGAACAAAUGCACACGAGAAACCUCCUCAUGGGUAAAGAACAACUGACAAACAUAAUCAAACAAAAAACGCACGCUCUCAAACAAGAAAUACUAGAAGACAGACGCACCAGUAGAACAGUAUGCACAUUCAAUGACACCAACACGUCAGAUAACCCAGACGAAAAUCACACACCCCCCGAUUACUUCACUUCAAUCGCAAAACUUCAAACAACCUUCAAAAAACUCAACAACAAAAAAUCCUCCAGCUUUGACAAUAUUCCCAACAUAGCAUUAAAAAACUUACCUCUUCAGUACAUAGAUUACUACACGAUAAUAUUUAACAACUGUUUAAACCUGACCUACUUCCCCACCGUCUGGAAA